AUGUUAAACUUAUUGCUAUGGUUUUUAUUCUUUUUAUCUAUAAAACAGACUUAUUCGUGGCGCUGUGAACGGCGACCCUACGGCGCUUUGACCUCAGCGUCUGCACCAGAUGGAAGGUUCAAGUUAGUGGUUGAAGGGACCGAAGAUACUUACAUCCCAGAUCAGCUGUAUACGGUGCUUAUAACGGAAACUGACGGUGAAUCACGUUUUACUGGCUUCAUGAUAUCAGCAGAGGGUGAAGUGAGGCAAGAUCCCAAGAACCCACGAAAAAUAAUAGCGCUAUCGCCGGGGGAUUUGAGACCGCAAAAUUUGAUGACGGCAAAGUACAGCGAUAGGUGUUUGAAUUCGGUCGAACACGCUGUGGGUACGCCGAAGGGAACCGCGGAGGUGUACUGGCAAGCUCCAUCAUCAGGAAACGGCUGCGUCACACUACGCGCCAUGGUGUCUGAGAACAAAGAGACCUGGUACGAAGACGGGUCUCCAUUGUCCCUCAAACUCUGCGAAGAUAUGCGUCAACCGGACGACGUAACGCCACAAUUGAACUAUGAUUGCCAGAUUUGUGAUGAAGCAAAAUAUGAGAUAACAUUUACGGGUGUGUGGUCAAGAAAUACCCACCCGCGUUUUUACCCACAAAACGACUGGACGCCCAGAUACAGUGAUCUUGUGGGCGCAUCACACGCUGCUGACUUCAUACUUUGGGCCCCUGGUUCUUUAGCUUCUGAAGGUUUUAAGGACCUCGCUGAAUAUGCUAAUACUUCUCGACUGGAACAAGAAAUACGGGAAAAGGUAGGAGAUGGAGUGCGUACAUUAAUAAAGGGCAAAGGUCACGGAUACCGAAAAAUGAGUAACCCAACGUAUUCUUUUAUUCGCACGGAUAGAGUUAACCAUUUGAUAACUGCUGCUAUUGGUUUGCACCCAUCGCCAGACUGGUUCCUCGGAGUCAGCCGCUUCGAGUUAUGCCAAGAAGACAAUACUUGGUUAGCGGAAAGAGAACUAAAUCUCUUUCCGUGGGACGCUGGGACUGAUGACGGGGUUUCUUAUGAGUCGGGAAACACACCCACAUUCCCCCAAGGCAGCAUAACAAGAGUCCAGACUAAUUCAUACGAUCAUAACUCGCCCUUUUACGAAAUGGACGCGAAAGAUCUUCAUCCAUUUGGGAAGUUACAUAUAAAAUUAAUUAAGACGUACCAUAGGGCGUGUGAAAGUAUUGAGGAUAAGGACACCACGGUUGGAAGCACAGAUACGACAACAACAGACCAGACUACAACAACUGAAGCAGAAGAUGGAAUGUCGGAGCCAAACGAGCCAUCCAGGUAUCAAUAUGAUCUUGCUUCCGAGCACCGAGGUGAAGCGCCGCUAGUAACUGACCCUGAGUCAUCUGAAGACUGCCCCAUGACGCAAUGGUUAGAGUGGACUCCUUGUGACGGUCCAUGCGACAACGGAAGAGUCACAGGUUUCCAAUGGAGAGAGAGAUUCCACCUUGUCGACGGAGUGGCUGUGGAGAAAUACGAUCCUAAUGUGGAUCCAUCAACUAGGCAAGAAGUGCCAAAAUUCUGUAAGAACCAUUACGAAGGCUUUGAGAGACGAGAGUGUGAAGACGAUUGUGAAGAUGACGACAAUGAAGUGAAAUAA